AUGAGUAGGUCGCCCAACAUGACCAGCUACACGGCGAUCGCCUCGAGCGAAGAUGGCCGAAGUACGCACCCCUCUUCGUCGACCUCGUCGCCGUCCUUUGCUGCGGCGCGGGCCAAUGCCCUUGCGACGGCGUCGUCCGGGCUGGGGAGCGAAUGGCCGCGAACCUUGACGGAACCGGACAACAUGAUCAAGACGCCCACCCCCACGGAAACGUGGACCUCCAGCACGCUCGCCCAGUACGCGCCCUCGACCACGGGCAGCCGUUCUGGAGGCAGUACAAGCCAGGCUCGGCCCAUCAGCGAGGAGGAGCUGAUGGCGCUGGUGGUCGAGAAGCGACUCAAGGCGAGCUCGGAACCUUUCCAGACCGCGGCGGGGGCCCGAAACCGAUCUGGUAGCGUAGCCGGCCGCGAACGAGGCCGCGAGGACGGCAGGUCCGCUUCACAGACGCGGCGGGACGCCAAAGAAGGGCAGGAGAUCAACACGCGGGAUACGCUCGACCUCUGCUACAUGCGCAUCGACCGGCUGCCGGACGGCCUGGUCGACGUGAUCAAAGACGACGUCGUCAGGCUUGCUCUCGGGUACAACCUCCUCACCAAGAUCCCCGACAGCUUUGUCGAGUUGAGAUGCGUGCGGUACCUCAAUGUCCGCGCAAACAGCCUCAACAGCUUCCCCGCUGCUAUCUGCAAGAUGCCUAGCCUCGAGAUCCUGGACAUUAGCAGAAACAAGCUCCGUGCCCUCCCCAACGAGCCCGGGCGCCUGCUUUCGCUCAGGGUGCUGUCACUCAACAGCAACAAGCUGACGCGGCUUGCGCCGUGGGUGGCAAAGAUGAAGCACCUGCGUGUGCUCAAGAUGGAGAACAACCCGCUCGAGUGGCCACCACCCCACAUCUCCAAGAUGCCGUCGGUCGUCUUGCAGAAGCCGCCGUCUUCUGCCGGCAGCGGGGCCAUCGAGAGAGACGUGGUGCGCAAGUUCGAGGAGCGGCAGAUGGUCGUCUGGAUCGCCAAACUCAAGAACUGGAUCAGCGACAGCCAGGCCGCUAAGCGAGCAGAGUCCCUAGAGCCGUCUUCCUCGGCGGAAGUCGAGACGGACCAACCAUCAGAGGAAGCUUCGACGCCCACCGACAUCCUCGCCCUGCCGGUUGCUGCGCCGCCGCCAGCCAUCGUCGAGCAAAGCACGGCUUCCGAAGAUUCGCCCGCCAGCACAGGACAUGCUUCCGACCAGAGCGACGGGCCCGUCACCCCCAAGAACAGCGAUCAGAAACCGGACGACGAUGCAACCUGGUCGCAGCUUCCCACCCCGAGCAGCGAAGACAGGGCGGGGUCCUCUCCCGACAUCAACAGUCGCGAAUCCCUGCUGCCGUACGACCGCCACCAUGGUUCUCCUCGCCAGCUGUCCCGGGACCACUCUCACGAGCCGGUGCCGCCGAUACCGAAGCAGUUUUCCCCUCAUACCCCUUCGACGGUCGUCGCAGGCGGCCCCACCGACGUACGACGUCCGGCUACUGAUGCAGGACCGUCGAUCAACGCAGCUCGCCCGGUCGCGGAUCUACAUUUAACCGAUCGUCGGAUCGACGCCGAUAUCUAUAUCAAAUCGCAGCACGGUCGCAACAACUCGCAUACCAUCGGCCAGGCCGUGUCGCCCCUGCAGCCGGGACCGCGCCGCACGCUGAACCCCAAGAAGUCGCUGCCCGAUCUGCGGCUGAGCCACGAGGACAUCCUGACAGAACGCAGCCAGAGCGUGCCCAGGUCAACCGACCGCAGUGCCGCCGUUGCAAACCGAGCGACAGAAGCGUCCGCACGCCCGGCCGUCUCUUCGCAGGAUGACGACCAGCAUCCGUACGUCGCCGCCCUGCCGACAAGGCGACCUAGCAGCGCUCCUCGGCGACCGCCACUGCCGCAAUCCGCGAGCAAUCCGAUCGGAUACCACUCGAAGCCCGGUGGCUGGUCGUCUUCGACGCCGUCCCCCAGCCAGACGUCCGCUGCAAGCUCUGGAGGAGGCGGACUUCGAAAGUUGAGCCUUCCCACCGUCGGAGCGACCCAGGCGGCGGCCGAAGCAGCGGCAGCGGCGAUGGCGUCGCGGGCCCCUUAUGCCCAUACGCCGCCCAGAGGCGACUCGCACGGCGGAGUUCCGUCUGACAAGGGCGAGAACGUCCUGCCGGCCGCUCGAUCCGACUCUCCCACGGUCGCCAGGAACCCGGCCGACUUUGAGCGCAACAGCUACUUUCGGCGCCUAUCGACGCUGCCGCCAUCGACCAUCGCCAAGGCCGUCCCUCCUCCAGUGCUCAAGUUUGUCGACGGCACUCGCGGCGUUCUUUUCGCCCUGUCUCAGAUCCACGCCGCGCUGAAGCAGUAUAUUCUCUUCGCCACCGACGAGCGCAUCUCGGGCCAGUUCAACCGCGUUCUCGACAUCGCCAGCGGCUCGAUGACGACCUUCAUCAACUCGCUGGACCGCUUCGACUCGCUGUCACUGCGAGGCACGCCGGAGCCAUCAGUCAUCCGUGGCGUGCUGAUGACGUGCAAGGAGAGCGUGGUGACGUUCCGCAAGGUGGUCAGCGUGCUGCAGCUCCAGCUGCGAGCCUUGCAGAGCAGCGCCGACGUCCGUUUCACCCGCACCCUCUUGCUCAUGCUCUACGGCAGCAUGGCCGAGGUCAGCAACAGCUGGACUGCGAUGGCGCCCCAGGUCGACGCGGUGCUGCCCUACCUUUCCGCCGACUCGAUCGCAAACGCGGCCGCGAACCCCGCCCAUGCCGCUCUCGCAAGGCAGAACAGCAGCAUCCUGUCGAAGGCGACGGCGGCCGCCACCAACGCGCCUUCGCUGCCGAGCAUUGCAGAAACCCCGAACUCGGCCAGGUCGGUGCGGCCAAACGCGCAGCCGCCGAGGCCAAGUCGUCGGCGUCAUGCAGGCUCGUUCAGCGCUCAUGACGUGGCCCAGGGCGCCAACAUCCCGCCGAGCUCGUCGCAGCUACAGCCCUUCAACCUGGAAGACCUCCAGGCCUCGUCGGCGUACGGAACUCCCGGCCGGUCAGGACGCCGACCCGCUGUGCCCAACGGCGCGGUCCCUCCGCCGCAUGCGCCCUCGGCAUCUGGAUCCGGCUCAGACUACUUUUCCCAGGCGGCCAUGCACGCUCCUGGACCCACGCCGGGCACGCCGGGCGCCGCGGCCUCCGCCAAUGGCAGGGGCAUUGGCGCCAGCUCGGCCCCGGCGUCACCCUCCAAGAACCGGUCCAACUCAAACGCAAGCUCCAGCGGGGACACGUCGGGCUUCAUGGCGGCAGGUGUGAGUGGCAUGACGCCGAUGGCCCCUGCCUCUUCGGCAGCCACCUCGGUAUCGCACCAGAAGCACGGCAAGUCGCUGUCCAACGGCAGCCGAGCCGGCACCGGGCUCCCACCGAGCGGACUCGGCGCCAAGGUGACGAUCGAUGACCACCUUCUGGUGCUAGUCGACCAAAUCACCGGGCUCUCCGCCGAAGUCUGGACGGCGCUGCUCUCCCACCUGACCGGCCUGGGCAUCGAGUCUGAGCCGGCGACGCCGACGGGUCCCGUCACGACUCGAUCACGCUCCAACACGGCCAACAGUCUCAGCGAUCGCGAGCGCGGCGGGCACGGUCAGGAUGCCGGAGAGCGCCUCGAUGGGCUCCUCGUCGUCGCCGAGACGACGGCUUCGCUGACCAAGAAGCUGCGCGACCUGCGCGACCUGACGCACAGCACCGCGGAGCUGACGUCGCGGCUGCGCGAGACGUACCACUGCGUGCGCGAGGAAGAGGAGCAGGUCGACGUCGACGCACUGCUGGCGGUCCAGCGGUCCAGCGGCGAGAGCGACGACCGCGAGCGCGAGCGCGACGGGCGCAGCGGCGCACGGCGCUCGGCGGCCCUCGAACUCAUCGCCCAGGACCUGGCCAAGCGCCUGUUUGACGAGUCGCACCAGUUUAUCCGCGCCAUUGUCAACAUCUCGACGCUCAUCAAGACGAUCUCGACGUCGCACACGUUUCCGCGCGAGCUGCGCCGCUCCCUGGGCGAGGUGACGCACGGCUGCUCUGCGCUAACGGUGCAUCUGCUCUGGCUCAGCCCGACGUCGAUCUCCUAG